CAGUUAGUCAAACUCGAAAUACGAACUCGCUUGGAUCGCGUCGCUGCUAGACGAUCCGUCCUCCGUCAAUAUACGCGCCGCGGUUUAAAGUUUUUAGAUUGGUGAAGGUUGUUUUGUUUCGAGCGCGAGUGUGUCCCCUUGUCGACCCUCAUUGGCCCUUCCUCUUGGUCCUCUGAGCGGACGAAGUGGUCAUGUGCUACGAACUGCAGUUGCAACUGCUGCAUCGAUGAGGGACCCAACAACUGUUACCAUUAAUUCGAAAUUUCCGUUUUUCGCUCGCGAACCGUAAAAAGGUGUAAUUUUGAAAUGGGGUAUCGCGGGAAGCCGUGUAUGAAGGGCCGAAUGCGCUCAGGCGUAGCCUACGUUGACACUGUGGUUGCCGUUUGACAGGCGACUUGCAUUGUGAAGUCGAAUCCGCCUACUUCUGUUGGGCGCUUGUGUGGAAUUGCUGUGAAUGUCUAAGCAAAUGGUGGGUGUAUCGUACGGAAUCGAGUGCAUCAUUUGCAUCAACCGCGUGAAACGUGCCGCUAAUAAAUCCACAAAGGAUUAAGAGUGAAACGGAAGAAAAGGUGGAAGUGCGGAUCAAAUUUGAAUGAUUUUUUUUAUUUCAUUGACGACCAAGUGCGCUGUAGUUGUGUAGUGUCUGCGUGGAAUAGAAAAGGGGGAGUUGAAGGAAGCGCAAAUUAACGAGUUGUCAACCUCUCCACGGAAAAGUACAUCGAUCGACUCAGGGACGGUGUGUGACGGUAUAGUGAAACAGUUGAAAGCAACCGGAAGAGUAGCAGCAGCAAGCAAAUUAGAAAACAAAAGGCACACGAAGAUCAUCAAAGCGGUGUUGGAUAGCAGAUCGCGACUAAACAACAGCCGUUAUCCAUCUUCCAAACGAAAGUGCAAGUUGCGGGCUCGGAAACGUGUUUGUGUUCACAUAAUCCCGUGAGUGCGCGCGCGCGUUCAACCCGACGAAACAAAAUAGCAACGACCAAAAAUAAUCACCAAAUCAGCCAAACCAAUCGAAAUUUCUUCUCGCCCAAAGCAGCGUCCGAUUUCAUUUCGAAGGAAAACUCUUCAACGAAUAAAUUCGAACUAAUUUUAAUCGAACCCCACUCCCAACGUUCAACCCAGAGGCAAAACGAGUUUCGGGUGCAUUGUUUUGAAAGUUCCCCCUCGCAGAGGAAAAUAUAACCAAAACGAGCUAAAAUGACUAAUAGUGCUUUGUGCGGAGGCAAAGAAAAUGAUCGCAACAAAGGAAAGUGAUAUUAAAAGUGAAAUUAACGGGCGCGAGCAUAGCAGUGGCAGCAACAUCAGAAACUAGCUUACCUUAGUCGGAAAAGCGACCGUAAUUAAUUAAACAAUAAACGACGACGACGACCGCGGGUAACCAUGUUCCUCAAUUGCUCCAAGCACCCUCCACUUCCAGCGUAGUUUGUCUGAAGGUGAAAUUGAUCGACAAGAGAAAACCGCGUAACGCCGACUAUACGCAAAGAUUUAAGUAACGUAACGCCAUGCUGGAACCGGAGUUGUACGGUGGAAAUGGAGUGUCCGAUCACCACCAUCACUUCAAGAACCACCAUCGGCACUACCACAACCACCACCAUCAUCAUCAUCCGCAUGAACGGGGAUCCUCGUCCGGAGAUAGGAAGUCCUCGUCUUCUUCGCGGAGUUCUCCAAGGGGACAUCUGCAUCACAGCAGCAGCCCCGGUGAGAAGCUCAAGUACCAAAACGCGUUCAGCGCGGCAGCGGCGGCAAACGAGAGAGGAUCUUCCGAAGGAUACUUCCGGUACUAUCCCCACCAGCACAGCAGCUAUUACGAUCUGAGUGAGAAGCUGGACAGUUUGAAUGGCAAGUCGGAGAGUGGGAGCGAAUCGAGGAAGAAUGAUAGCAAUAACAACAACAAUAAUAGUAACGCCCACAAUGGUGCCGGAAGUGCAUUGAGUAAUGGGACGAGUGAGGGAGGGGGAAGUGGUGGAAGUCGCAAGAAGACGACGGUGGUUUACGUGGGGGAUGGGAGAAGUCGGGUGCGGAGGGUGGUGCGAACGCAGACCCGGCACAUUACGGUGGUGAGCUACUCGGGCCGGAAGAAGGACACGGAAACGCACACGACGCACCAUGCGACGGUUUUGAGUUUUCCACAAAAGAUCGAUCGUCCAUCCCAGAUUUACUCGACACAUCAUCAUCAUCCCGGUAGCGGCAGUGGUGCCAGUGCCAGUAUCCUAGCCAGUGGUGCCAGCAGUAGCAAUGCAAGCAGCCUCUGCGGGGGAUCGACCGGUGGUAGCAGCGGGGCCUUGGCCACUGCCACCGGGGGCUAUGUGUACCUGCCGCAGACGACGGCCCAGACCCAGCACCAGCAUUACGUGUCGCCCCAGCAGCUUGCCUACCACCAUCAUCACCAGCAGCCCAACAGUUACCACCAUAGCCAUCAGCUGGGAGGUCACCAGACGAUCGCCACCCCAACGCUGCACAAGAAGGGCUCGAUCCGCAGCAACGGCGAGGUGCUCAAGAGGACCCGGGUGCAGAAUGCGUAUGAGCUGUCGCAGGAUCUGUUGGACAAGCAGAUCGAACUGUUGGAGCGCAAGUACGGCGGUGUGAAGGCGCGCAACGCGGCCCUCACCAUCCAGAGGGCGUUCCGGCACUACACCAUGGUGAAGAAGUUCGCCUCGAUCACGGCCAUGGCCAAGGCGGAGAAGCGGAUGAGCCGCCGGGUGCAGCACCAGCACCAGCAACAGCAGGCGGAACUGGAACUGAUGCAGCAGCAGCUGCACCAGAGCCACCUCGGCGAGGACGGCCAACAGCAACUGUACGAGGACGGAGGUCUGGGCGGAGGGCAGCGCGUUUGUGCCACAAUCUCCGCAACCCCACCGGGAACGCUUCACCACCGGAUGACGCCGGCCCGUUCGAUGUCCCUCCGGGAGCGCCGCCUCGACAGCAGUCCGAUUCCACGCAGCCAGUCCGGAAACGCUUCGCCGGCCCCACCUGCCGCCAACAGCUCCUGGUCCCAAAGUCCGAUGCCGGCGGCCGUUGUCUCCGGGUCCCCCCAACAACAACAGCAGCAGCAGUACUCGCACCCCCAUGUAAAUAUCCUGCACCAACAGCAGCAGCACUACUACAGUACCGGAGGAAUUCCGUCGUCCUCGCCCCACCAACAGCUGCAACAGUACCAAAGCCAAUACGGGUCCCAGGAUCUGAACGUCAGCGGCGGAAGUUCCGUCCUGGACUCGACCAUUUCGUCGAUGAAUCUGUCCUGGAACAGUGCUUCCGGAGCGGCCAUCGUUGCCACGGCCGGCAGCGUACACCAAAGUCCCUACACGCCACACUACACCGCAGCGCAGAUCUACAUGCGCCCCCGCGGAAUUGGCAUCGGAAGCUCCGGUGGCAGUUCCGGAUCAGCCGCCAGCAGCAGCAGUGCCAGUCGCAAAGUGCCACCGGAAGUACCAAAGAGAACAUCUAGUAUAACGUCCCAGCACACACCCAAUCGCUCCCUCAGGCCAAACGGUCUCUGCAAAACGGCGGAAAAUGGUUCCCUUAGCUCGGUGCAAUCGUCCGGAAGCGAUUCCUCGGCAUCGGCCGAACGGAUACAGGGUGUCGGAGAAAUAGGCUCGGAUCGGUCCAGCUCGCCCCAGUGGAAACGGAAAGGACCGGGCAGUAGUAGUGGAAGUGCCACCGGUAUCGUCGUAAUGACCGCUCAAAGCCCGGACCACAUGAUGGGACCGGCGGCCGGUUCCGGAGCCCAGAGCGGCAGCAGUGCCAACGUUACCAUCAGCAGCAUGGAGAACGAAUGCCUCAGCUCGCAUACCAGCGCCGCACAGUAUUCGAUGGAGCAGCAUGAUCACAUUGUGCAGACACCCACCAGCUACAAGGUUUCGGAGACCAUUCGGAAGCGACAGUACCGCGUUGGGUUGAAUCUGUUCAACAAGAAGCCCGAGCGAGGUAUCACGUACCUCAUCCGCAAGGGCUUCCUGGAGAACACACCGCAAGGCGUGGCCCGGUUCCUCAUAUCGCGAAAGGGUCUUUCCCGGCAGAUGAUUGGCGAGUACCUGGGCAAUCUGCAGAACCAAUUCAACAUGGCGGUGCUGGACUGCUUUGCCGGCGAGCUGGAUCUCUCCGGAAUGCAGGUGGACGUUGCCCUGCGCAAGUUCCAAGGCUACUUCCGAAUGCCUGGCGAGGCCCAAAAGAUCGAACGACUGAUGGAAGUGUUCUCGGCGCGGUACUGCCUGUGCAAUGCGGACAUUGUGGCACGACUCCGUUCCAACGAUACCGUGUUCGUGCUGGCCUUUGCCAUCAUCAUGCUCAAUACGGAUCUGCACACGCCAAAUCUGAAGCCGGAGCGGCGGAUGCGCUGUGACGAUUUCAUCAAAAAUCUGCGCGGAAUCGACGACUGUCACGACAUCGACCGGGACAUGCUGACCGGCAUCUACGAGAGGGUGAAGGCGAACGAGUUCAAACCGGGAUCGGACCACGUGACGCAGGUCAUGAAGGUGCAGGCCACGAUCGUGGGGAAGAAACCGAACCUGGCCCUGCCGCAUCGGCGAUUGGUGUGCUACUGCCGGCUGUACGAAAUUCCGGAUAUUAAUAAGAAGGAGCGUCCGGGGGUUCAUCAACGGGAGGUGUUCCUGUUCAAUGAUCUGCUAGUGAUUACCAAGAUCUUCAGCAAGAAGAAGAGCUCGGUUACGUAUACCUUCCGGAAUAGUUAUCCGCUGUGCGGGAUGGUGGUGACGCUGCUGGAUGUGCCGAACUACCCCUACUGUAUCCGCCUAUCACAGAAGGUCGACAACAAGGUGCUGGUCACGUUCAACGCGCGCAACGAGCACGACCGGUGCAAGUUUGCCGAGGACCUCCGCGAGUCCAUCAGCGAGAUGGACGAAAUGGAAACCCUACGCAUCGAGGCCGAGCUGGAGCGGCAAAAGUCGGCCCGCGGACAGCGUGGCGGCAGCAACAGCGAGAACCGGGACUCGGGCGUGGCAGACGUCGAGGUUUGCGCUGGCCAGUACCACCAUCACCAUCAAGGUAGUGGCCCGAUCGGCGGCGGCGUUUCACCUAGCGAAUGCGGAAUUGCACAUACACAUAGCGAAGCACAGUUGAAGCGAAGCGCUCUUAGCAAUUCACUCUUAGAUAUGCACGAACAAUUUGGAAAUGAGAAGCCUCAACGGCGUGGUAGUGUUGGCUCGCUAGAUAGUGGAAUGUCGAUCUCAUUUCAAUCCACCUCCGCAAGUACGGGCUCACGUAGUGACAUUAAGGUGCGAAUGCUGCCUCAUAGCAACACAUCCGGCCAGAUCAUAAUGCAUGCCGGCCAGCAUGCAACCGCCCUGAUGGGUGCCAUCUAUCAUCAACAAAUCGUACAACAACACGUGCCGCCCGCAGCAACAGCGCCACCAACGACGCAGCCACUCAACGGACAAAUUUCGCAGCCACAGCAGUUAUUGCCGACGCAGCCAAAUCAACUGACUGCGGUACCGUCGCAGCCAAUGACGCGACGGGAGCGGAAACUCUCUCGAUCCGAGGACAGUGCCACAAUAGCUGCGGCCAACGGAAGUGCCUCAGGGGCAGCCGCCGCAGGUCCCAACUAUGGACGCUCAACUGAAGUCUAAACCUUCAGAGCAAUGAACAGAAAUCUGUACCGAAAACAAUGUGUAAAUAUAUUUACUGUGCAUCAAUCGCAAGAAACACAAACCAAAUCUGUUUCCUAGAGUUUAGUAGAUGUUUUUCCUUGUUCGCGCAAACCACGAAGCUACCGAUAAUAAUGCGAAAAUGUGACCAUACUUGGGCCACUUUCCUUCGAACAAUAGCCAACCAAUUCACAUACAUACAUCAGGUUACAUAAAUAUAGGUGUUAUGAUUCAAACCAGCUCCAUAAGCAAUAGCAAUACCGCGGCAAGAACGCAGCCAAAAUUUGAUUUUCAAACUCGUUUCACAUAUAGGUGUCUUGAAGUUUCUCCUCUCGGAUAGCAGCAACCCAUACAAAACGACAGGAAUUGUGCAUGUAUAUAGUUAGGAUCGAUGUUUCCAUUGCCCAGCUCAUCCCCAUCGCUCCCCCAUAAGACUUAACCUAUACCCGUAGUAGCUAAUGUAAUUCCGCGCAGUUUGAUGGUUAUCGAUAAAAAGAUAGAAGCAAACAUUAAUCUAUUUGUGAGAGCAUAUAAAACAAUACACAAUAAAAAACUUCUAAAACCCAAAACAAUAAUAUAUUAACUUAAUUUAACAAUCGUAGAAGCAUCGCGCAAGCGCCAAUUUUGAACACGUGAAAGUAACGCGCCGGAGACUCUACUCGUAGCGAUGGUGGAUUUAUUUUUGUAUCAUAUUAACCUUAAUAAACGAAACAGAACGCGUUUACCAAUUACAAAAGGAUAUAAAACAAAAAAAACUCUGUAUAUCAUUCUUUAUUUUGUAAGCCUAUGAUGACCUAUAUUAGUCAGUAGCAACGUGUGAAAGCAAGGUGCGAGAAUCUUGAGGACAUUGUCGAGCGACUUGCGCUCCGGAAUGAAACGGCACCCAGAUCCGAUUUGAACAGGCGUGUUUUCAUUGUUUUAUUAAUUUGUAACUGACCGUUGAAAAAGAGGACGGAAAAGGAGUGGAAUUGAAGGCGCAUGGCUAAAUUGUACGAUUUUCUUUCCGCCCUAUACGAAUAUCAUCAAUAAGUACAGUAUAAGGUGUAGGCUAGCGUCAAAGUGUGUGAACACAGGAAAAGUUAUGGGCGAGAAACGAACGAACCACGUGGAGGGUAUACAAAAAAUGAAGAAAAAGUAAAAAUAAUCUAGUCCCGUUCGAUAAACGUAGUAACUUUGAUUAUUGAAAACAGUAAAAUAAUUGACAAAAAAAAUAUGAUGGGAAUUAAUUGUACUCGUAAUUACAAAAAUACAAAAAAGAAUAUAACACAAAACCAACCACAUUCGAUAAUAUUUUGUGUAGGAUUACUAAAAUACAAUAGUUCUCAAACUACGAAACAAAAAAGAAGAGUUACAAAUUCAAGCAACAAAGUUAAAUUCUCACUCUGUCAGAUCCCUCCCAUUUCAUAAUCAUGAUAUAGACACAAAAAAAUCGUUACAAAACUCGAUGGAAUAGUAACUUUAUCUACAAAUUAAUCGGUAAAGCUAAGUAAGGAAAGGUAAACAGGACACAUUCAACAACCACACCCAUCCGGUAUAUGAUUCCCAUGAAACCAAUCUAACAAGAAGAACAAUAAAUAUUCGAAAAAUGCGAA